AUGGGCGGGAUGAUGGUUCGCCAGCCCUUCUCAGUGGGCAGUUCUGGCAGCUCCUACAUCUACGGCUUUGUCGACGCCUCCUACAAGCCAGGCAUGAGCUGGGAGGAGUGUCUGAGCUUCACGGCCAAUGCGCUGGCGCUGGCCAUGGAGCGGGACGGCUCCAGCGGUGGGGUGAUCCGGCUGGCCGCCAUCACAGAGCAGGGCGUGGAGCGCCAGGUCGUCCUGGGCAACCAGCUGCCGCGCUUCUCCUCCCCCUGAGGGGGGCCCCACCCCGACACCCCCUGUAACACACGGAUUAAAC